CCCCCGCUAGUUGACUUGCUGCGAAGAUGGAUCCCCUCAGCCUGUUCCUGUCCAUUGGAUUGAAUCAGAGGACGGCGGAGAACGCCCUCGUCAACCGAAAGGUGACCGCCAGCCUCACCGCCGUGAUCAAGGAGGCCGGCGUUGAUUGAUGCAGCAAGACAAUCGGAAACCUUCUUUACAUGGUAUUUCUUCUCUUGUUUAUUCUGGGAAGUGUUUGAGCAGCUAAAUAGGGCUUUCUGUAUGCGAUUGUAUUUUGGAUUGUUUUGUUGCGCGAGAUAGGUUGCGACGAAGUGCCCAGCUAACGCACUAAUUCACCGGCCUACGCUGGUUCGGUAUAUAGUUUCAUCAAAGAUUAAAAACCAGGUCCAGCUAGAUGCAGCUUUAGCAUUUCUAAGCAGUAUUGAACCUGAAACUUUCAAGUUGAAUGAAUUUGAAGAAGCUUGUGGUGAGUGGAUAUUUCGAGUGAAGAGAUUGAGUCAUCAGUUAAUGCUGUCGUUGAAGAAAAUAUGAAUUCGAUAUUGGAACAACGUCAUCGUAUCAAUGUCGGCAAUCUAUGUGGUCAAGUCAGAAAACAUCACCUGUGGGCCGAUGCCAGAAUUGUGAAGGAAUUGAUUGAUCAGAAGCUUCGAGUGAUUCUUGGUGAGAAGACAGCUGAAGAUGAUAAGGAACCUCUAAAAAAAAAGGAACAGCCUGUGAAAGUUGAGGAAAAAGCAAGUGAUGCAAUUGCAUGUGCUCCAAGUGUGGAGGAGGAAGUGAAUCCAUUCUUGAUAUUUCCAGAACCUGCUGAAAACUUUAAGGUUCACACACAGAUAUUUUUCAGUAAUGGAGACAUCUGGAGAGCUUACAAUACAAAGGAGAACCUGGAAAGACAUCUUAAGUUUACUGGUGGGAAGGUUUUCACUCGUUUCCCUCCCGAACCUAAUGGAUAUCUACAUAUUGGCCAUGCUAAGGCACUGUUUAUUGAUUUUGGUUUAGCAAAAGAUAGGGGAGGGUCAUGCUACUUAAGGUUCGAUGAUACAAAUCCUGAAGCUGAAAAGAAAGAGUACAUGGAUCAUAACCAAGAAAUAAUACAAUGGAUGGGUUGGCAGCCUUUCAAAGUUACCCACACGAGUGACUACUUUCAAGAAUUGUAUGAUCUAGCAGUGGAAUUGAUACGCAGAGGCCUAGCAUAUGUUGAUCAUCAGACUCCAGAAGAAGUAAAGGAGUACAGAGAGAAGAAAAUGAACAGCCCAUGGAGGGAUAGACCUAUUGCAGAAUCUUUGAAGUUAUUUAAAGACAUGAAAAGAGGUUUGAUUGAGGAGGGAAAAGCUACACUCAGACUGAAGCAAGAUAUGCAGAGUCAUAAUAAGAAUAUGUAUGAUUUGAUAGCGUAUCGUAUUAAGUUUGUUCACCAUCCUCAAGUCGGCGACAAGUGGUGUAUAUAUCCUAGUUAUGACUAUUCUCACUGCAUAGUGGAUUCACUGGAAAAUGUUACACAUUCACUUUGUUCGCUUGAGUUUGGCAUCCGCCGUCCUUCAUACUACUGGUUACUUGUUGCUUUAGGCCUUUACCAACCAUAUGUAUGGGAGUACUCACGUUUAAAUGUUACAAAUACUGUCAUGUCUAAGCGGAAGUUAAAGCGACUGGUAACAGAAAAGUGGGUUGAUGGAUGGGAUGAUCCCCGUCUAAUGACAUUAGCUGGGCUGCGACGACGAGGAGUCUCUUCAACAGCAAUCAACUCUUUUAUCAGAGGAACUGGAAUUACUAGAAGUGAUAAUAGUAUGAUACGAGUUGAUCGCCUUGAAUACCACAUUAGAGAAGAGCUCAACAAAACUGCACCUAGAACUCUGGUGGUUUUACAUCCUCUAAAGGUGAUGAUCACAAAUCUCCAUCCUGAUUCAGUAAUAGAUCUUGAUGCAAAGAUGUGGCCUGAUGCUCCAUCAAAUGAUUCUUCUUCAUAUUACAAGGUUCCGUUUACAAAUGUCAUUUAUAUAGAGCAAUCAGAUUUUCGUCUCAAGGAUUCAAAAGAUUUCUAUGGCCUCGCACCUGGAAAAACAGUUCUUCUCAGAUAUGCGUUCCCUAUAAAGUGCACAGAAGUAAUACUCGGGGAUAAUGGCACUGUCCUCGAGAUUCAUGCUGAGUAUGACCCUUCAAAAAAAACAAAACCAAAGGGUGUUCUUCAUUGGGUUGCUCAACCUUCCCCUGGUAUUGAACCUCUCAAGAUGGAGGUCAGGUUAUUUGAGAAAUUAUUUCUUUCAGAGGAUCCAGCCAAGUUGGAGGACUGGUUAGCAGAUCUCAAUCCACAUUCAAAGGAGUUGAUUCCUGAAGCAUAUGCAGUCCCUUCUCUCGCCAAUGCUGUUUUGGGUGACAAGUUCCAGUUUGAGAGACUCGGCUACUUUGCUGUUGAUCUGAACUCUUCUUCCCCUGAUAAACUGGUAUUCAACAGAAUCAUCACCCUCCGGGAUUCAUAUUCUAAGUCUGGAAAAAGAGUAAAUCUCAGUGUUUCUUACUAAAUCAGUUUAUAUUUUUGAAAUUGAUUGUGUCGUUUUCAUCUUCCUGUGUAAAUCUGCUGGAAACGUAAUGUUAAAAUAUGUCUGG